UCACAACAAAAUAAUUCUGAACUGAGAUUAGCCUAAACUGACAUGAUUAUCGAGUCAGCUUUGGCUCUUUUCUUAAUCUUAACCAUCUAUCAUUUCUUUUUCGAGUACAAGCACAACAACCUUCCACCAGGGCCCCAUGCAUGGCCGCUUAUAGGAAACAUCCCACAAAUCGGCAAACAACUGCACCGAAGCCUUCACUCACUGAGUUUAAUCUAUGGCGAAGUGUACAGGUUGUAUCUCGGCCAUACUCUUGUUGUUGUUCUCACGGGUAGGGCUAUCAAGGAAGCACUGGCUUUGCAGCCGGUGGAGUUCGGAGGAAGACCAUGGACUGUGUCGUUCGAUUUAGCAUUACGUGGUGAAAGACCGUUGGUGUUCGAGGAUUACGGAAGACAUGUUAAACUUCACCGUAAAAUGGGCCACCGGGCACUGAAGGUUUACAGUCAGAAGAAAUAUCAACAGGUUAUAAUACAAGAGGCUGAAGAAUUGUGCAAGAGAAUUGCUGAUAGUUCAGAUAGAAUCUUUGAUGUCAAGAAAGAAUUUGGUCUUUGUAUCAUGAAUAUCAUUUGCACAAAGAUCUUUGGUAGCAGAUACCAAGUCAACAAUAAGGAAUUCCUGGAAAUUCUCAACAUUCAUGACAAUCUCUUCCGACUCACAACAGUAACAGGACAAAGCCUUGUUGAUAUUUUUCCAUUUCUAAGAAAUAUUCUGCCCAUAUAUGGUCACACCAAGGAGUUACAGGAAACACAUGAUGAAUGGCAAAAGAUUUUAUGGAGAAAGUACAAGCAGCAUUUGGAUUCAUUUGAUGUUUCCAACAUACGUGACUACACCGAUGCACUUCUAUUAGCCAAACAAGAAGCUGGGGUAGAAAAUACAACUGAUCAGAAGUAUCUAGAAGAUAAAUAUAUAGUGUCAGCAAUUUCCACAGUUUUUAUAGCUGGCUCUGAGACAACAGCAACAAGUUUGUGUUGGGCGAUAUUGUAUCUUAUUCACUUUCCUAAGAUUCAAGACCAAAUUUAUGCAUCUGUUGGAAAGUUGAAUUUGCAGGAAAGGCAAUCUUUUGUAGAGAUGAGAAAAAUGUGUCCUAUUCUUGAGGCCUUUAUUGCUGAGGUCCUGAGAAUAAUAACACUCUUACCCCUGGGAGUCCCUCACAAGACCCUUUGUGAGACGAUACUUCGAGGGUACACAAUCCCUAAGGGUACCACAGUCCUUGCCAAUUUAUGGUCCCUUCACCACAAUGUUUCUUUAUGGGAGAAUCCGGAAGAUUUCAACCCAGAGAGGUUCCUUGAUAAAGAAGGGAACUUUUCUCAUUCUAUGACAGAUAAUCUGUUGCCAUUUGGUGCUGGGCCUAGGAUAUGCAUGGGGGAGAACCUAGCACGCACUGAACUGUUCCUUAUUCUCGCUCUGCUUUUAAAACAAUUCAGAUUUGAAUGUCCACCUGGUCAACAGAUGGCUCCUCUUGAGUGCAUGGCUGGGUCAGCAGUGUUGCAGCCGACUCUUACACAGGCUCAUGUGACAAAACGUAAAAUCUUGAGAACUUAGAUGACCAUGGAAGAUCCUAAAAGAACAUUGUUUCUCGUGGUCUUGGUGUUUCAAGAAAAAACUAGCUGUAGAAAAACUUGAUUGUCUGCUAGGCAGUGUAAAAUCUGGGAAAUAAAUCAACACAUUGUUGAA